GUGUUUAACCACCGAUCGAAAUAUCAUAUGUAUAUUAAAAGUUCAUUAAAAUAAGUGUACGUUCCUUGGCGAAAUUUCAUUAUAGAAUUGUAAUCGUAUACAAAUCACAGCCAUGCUAAUUGUGAAGUUUCCGGUGGUCUUUUUUAUUAUACUAAUGGGUAGGAUUAACUCAAGCAUUCCGACCCGCCCGACUAUAUUUGCUAUCGGAACGAUCUACGAGGGAGCAUCACUGACCAUAGUUUGUAGUAGCCCAUCAACCACCAACCCGUCAAACCACACUCUGACAAUGAGGUACAGCUGGACACGAGGUGGAUAUUCCAUCAUAGCGAGUGAAAGGUUUUCCUUUGACAGCAGUGCACAGAGAAAGUUGACAAUAGCGAAUCUUGCCAGAAAUGAUAACCAGACAGUUAUUGGGUGUACAGCUACAGAGGAGAGGGGUAAAUCCUCACUGUCGUCUGUCUACACGAUAACAUUUACAUUGUGCUCAAAUACGCUGACAAACUUCAGUGGAGUUAUCGAGAGCCCCAACUUUCCGAAUGCCUACCCUCAUAACCUUAACUGCACCUGGGUGAUUGACACAACCAUGGGAAACACUGUCAACAUCUCAUUCUCACAUUUUAGUCUCGAGAAGAACUGCAACUUCGAUUACUUAAAGAUCAAUGAUGGUGACCAACCAACGUCUACUUCAUUAGGAACAUUCUGUGGUACUAAUUUACCCCAGCCUAUAUCGUCUAGUACCGACAAAGUGUGGAUUAAUUUUAUUACCGACCACUCUGUAGCCAAGAAUGGUUUCCGGCUGCAGUAUAUUACUAAUGGAUGUGGUGGAUACCUGCGUACACCAACUGGAUCUUUCAUUAGUCCUAACUAUCCAAACCCUUACCCUCACCGACGCCAGUGUGAGUGGACUGUAGUUGCCGAAACAGGAUUAUACGUUCAGUUGACCAUCGAGAAAAUUAACCUUGAAACUCAAAAUAACUGUCUGUAUGAUGUUUUGGAAAUCUACGGCGGCCCAGAUGACACUGCUCCAAGACUAGCCCAGCUCUGUCACCAUCAAAACAGUCCCCAGGUCCUGUCUUCUCCCGGAAACACAAUGUUUGUGCGCUUCAAGAGUGAUGGAUCAACUGCUGGCAAUGGAUUUAACGUCACAUACAGGACCGUUACUGGUUGUGGUGGAAAUUUCACCAUACAACGCGGCACGAUCGUGUCUAAGAAUUAUCCCAACAACUACCCUAACAGCAGUGUCUGUGAAUGGCUGGUUACUGUCAAAGAUCGGCACAACAUCGAGCUGGAGUUUACAGACUUCGAUGUGGAAGGGGCGUCGUCAGACUGCAGAUAUGAUUACGUGGCUGUUUAUGAUGGUCCUUCCAUUGAUGCCACAGAGUUGAUGAAACACUGUGGUAACUCACUCCCUAACUCCACCAGAUACCGAUCUCUCAGUAACCAGCUCUACAUCCGCAUGAAGACCGACGGAAGUGUCAGUAGGCGGGGAUUCAGGGCAAACUAUACCACAGUUUCAGACGUGUCUCUAUCUCCAUCCCAGACGUCCUAUACGGUGACAGAAGGAAACACGCUUGUACCUAUAACAUGUUCUGCCACGUGUUACCCGGUAUGUUUGUACACGUGGUCCAGAUUAGGGGUGACGGUCAGCUCUACGGCCACACUUAACCUUGGUCAGGCGGAGAGAGCGGAGGCCGGAUCAUACGUUUGCACGGCAAGACACCCUGGUUUAGGUGUAUCAAGAACAGGACCACUAGUUGGAGUCGCUAUCAGAUACGGUCCAGAAAACCUGUCUCUGUCUCCAUCCCAGACGACAUACACGGUGACAGAAGGACACACACUGGUGUCUAUAACGUGUUCUGCCACGUGUAACCCGGCCUGUACGUACAAGUGGUCCAGAUCUGGGGUGGCGGUUAGUUCUACAGCAACACUAAACCUUGGUCAGGUUGUGAGAGGGGUGGCCGGAUCGUAUAUUUGUACGGCAAGGAACCCAGGGUCAAAUAUUACACGGAACGGAAAAACAGUGAACGUCAAUGUCAGAUACGGUCCAGACAAUAUGUCUUUAUCACCAUCAACCACGUCGUACACGGUUACGGAAGGAGACACUAUAAAGGCUAUAACGUGUGCUGCAACUUGUAACCCGGCCUGUACGUACACGUGGUCCAGAUCAGGAUCGACGGUCAAUUCUACAGCCACACUGAACCUCGGUCAGGCUGUGAGAGGGGAAGCCGGAUCGUAUGUUUGUACGGCAACAAACCCAGUUUUAGACGUAUCUAGAAGUGGAUCAAUAAUAAUAGUCACUGUCAGAUACGGUCCAGAUAACGUGUAUUUGUCACCAUCAACCACGUCGUACACGGUGACAGACGGAAACAACAUUGGAGCUAUAUCGUGCUCUGCCACCUGUAACCCGGCCUGUACGUACAAGUGGUCCAGAUCUGGGGUGGCGGUUAGUUCUACAGCCACACUAAACCUUGGUCAGGUUGUGAGAGGGCAGGCCGGAUCGUAUAUUUGUACGGCAAGGAACCCAGGGUCAAAUAUUACUCGGAACGGAAAAACAGUGAACGUCAAUGUCAGAUACGGUCCAGAUGACGUGUCUCUAUCUCCAUCCCAGACGUCUUAUACGGUGACAGAAGGGCACACGCUCGUACCUAUAACCUGUUCUGCCACUUGUAACCCGGCCUGUACAUACACGUGGUCAAGACCAGGGGUGACGGUCAGCUCCACAGCCAUACUGAAUCUCCAUCAGACGGAGAAAGCAGAGGCCGGGUCUUACGGUUGUACGGCAAGAAACCAAUGGUCAAAUAUUACACGCAAUGGACCAAUAGUGAGCGUCAGUGUCAGAUACGGGCCUACUGCAGUAGCAUUGAGUCCAGGCACACUAAACUAUACCAAGAAUGAAGAUGACACACUUGCACCAAUUACUUGCUCUGCCGAUUGCUUUCCCGCAUGUAAUAUUAUUUGGCGGAAAACUAGCGGAAUAUUAGGUAUCGUCAGUUCCAACGCCUCUUUUAACUUGAGAGAACUCAACAGAACUGACAGGGGCAGAUACAAAUGUGUGGCGACAAAUCCUUACACAUUCACAAAUACUACAAGUAAAGACGUUACCAUCAACGUCAGAUAUGGCCCAGACCGUAUAACACUGAAUGAAUCCAAUAUUCACACAGUGACGGAAGGAGACGCUGUCAGUAAUAUUUAUUGUUCAGCGGAUUGCUGGCCAGGAUGUGUCUAUACUUGGUCUAAUUUGACUAACAAUCAAACAAUGGUCUCGUCCGCGAUUCUGGUGUUUGGGACAGUGAAUCGCUACGACGCCGGUGAUUACAUGUGCUUGGCUUGGAACACUGCACCUCAGUUUUCGGGAGUGGCAUCAAAACACUUCACCCUUCGUGUUCAAUAUGCACCUGAUGUUGCGAUAAGCCAAUCGAAUACUUUAUUACUCGAAAAUACCCCACUUAAUCUCCGAUGCAAGGCAUUAGGUGUCCCAGCUGUUUACAACUACGCGGGCUUUGUGCAACGAGUUGGUGAUAUAGUGGUCCCUAACAGGCACGUGGAGAACCCAGGUGUGAUGGAUAGUAUAUCUGUCAACAUCCCUUCCCUCCAACUCCAGGAUACAGGGAUUUACACUUGCUACGUUCAUAAUAACGUUACUGGCCUCGAUAAACAACUCAUUCAGACUGCUUCACAAAACAUCGAGGUCUCAGCAUCUCCACAAUUCUUCCUGGAGGAAACAUAUUUUGUCGGAGAAACGUCAGGAAACAUUACCAUAGAAGUUCCAUUCGUAAGUUUUCCUGAAUACACAUCAUACAGCGUAAUAAGACACGACGGACAAUUGGUUUUGAUGAAUGGAAAAAACACAUUACGCAUGAGGAAUGACUCUGUUUUUGCUGUGUUCUAUGGACAGCAAGUCACACUAUCUGGAAACGUUUUACAAGUUAUCAUAAGCGACUUGGCAGAGAAGGAUUUUGGGAUAUAUAAAAUACAAAUAACCAAUGAUAUCAAUACGGCAAAUUUAAGCAUUGAUAUCAUGGCAAAAAGCAAGCCGUCUCCACCAACAGAACUAAAUCUGACCACUUUAGACAAGACUGUUACCUUUGAAUGGGAAAAGGGGUUCAACGGUGGAAAUGAACAGACAUUUGUUUUGAAUACGUCUCUCAAUUCAGAUGGUUCAUGGAUGUUUAUAACAACUGUCAAAGAAUCUGAAUUAAAGUAUAUAGAAGACGAUGGAAAGUUUCACGUGAGUUUAACGAACCUAGAGCCGGGAGUUUACAGCGCCAGAAUUAUGUCAUUUAACAUUUUUGGAGCAACUGAUCCUGUCGAGUUCAAAAAUAGUUUCGAAAUAAUGGAAUAUAGCAAAGACGCCUCAGCUCGCAAACGCGUUUUAGUUAUUGGAGGAACAACUGGAGCGAUAGCAGGUGCACUACUUGUUGUCUUUGUCAUCGUUGUUUUUAUCAAACGAAAGUACGCCUGCUCAAUUAAAUUUGCUGAACGGGAAGAUAUGUACCAAAAUACACAUUCAGAACCGAAAACAGUUACACAAGGAGUUGACAAUCCCCAAUAUAACACCGAAGCCCAGACGUACGAGGAGUUGUCCAUGACGACGGACAUAGGGGUUUACACUGAUCUUAAAAAUGUCGACGAUGGUCCGGAUAAUCCGAAUAUCUACGCGCAGUUGGAUGAGUCCAGUUUAAACCCCGUUACGUCCGACGAUACUGUCGAAAAAGAAGAUCCCAUUUACAUCAACUUAGUGUUGAAAAACCCAGCCCAGCUGCAAAAGACGCCGUUUACAACAGCAUCGUGUUAGAAUAGCCAGUGCACAUUUAACACUGCCGUUGUCAUUGCAAUCCGAAUGCUUAAUCUCUAUUAAAAUGCGAGUGACCACUUUUGUAAGAUUAAGACAAAAUCAGAGAGAAAUCAGGAACAAUAAUGUUUCAGUAAUUGUAUGGCGUAAUUCAAAAUAUUAUUUCCAAAAUUAAUCCUUAAUUACAAAUAAGUAAAUGAUCAUAUGUAAAACAAUAUAUGCUUCUGGUGUGCUAUUGUUUGCUUUUUUUAAUUCAUAUUUUAUUCUAUGUUUUGCUUAUUUUAAAAUACCGUAGUGGAUCUAUUUUAUUUUACGCUUGUAAAUAGAAAACAUCGUUUAAAAAAUCGCAUACCAAAUCCAACUAAAGCACUAAAAAAUAAAACGUAGUGUAUUAUGGUUGUGAUACACGCACACUGUUUUUUAGCUAGAUACGGAUGAUAUGUGCGAUUGUUUUGUGUCCGUAUGCGUGGUACUAAAGAUCUUAGUUAGAGAUAUACUAAGGACCGAUAUUAUACUCGUCUUGGUUCAAAGUACUGUCGAUCAGACACCGUUUCACCUAGGUUGUAAUUAGGUCGUUUUCAGCUUUUCAAAGUUGCUAGAUUUUUAUAUAUAGUAUGAAUGCACUGUGCUGCUUGUGGAGUUUUGUGCUGUUCUUCCAUGUUUCUUGUUUGUGAUUUUAUGUUUUAUGUCUUUGGCGUUUACCAAGUUCCAAUAAACCGGGUUUAUGAUUAAACGUUUUGCUACUGAGCUUGUUUCUGUAGUUUUUCGCAUAAAUAUUGGAAGCGCUUCAUAAGGCGAGUGUUUUAAUUUCGUAUCCAUGCUGCGAAAGGUCCGAGUGCGAAAAUUAACUUUUUUGAAUUCAUGCAUUCAUUGUUUUUCGAUAAAAGCAGUUGACUGAACUGGACCAUAACCAGAUUGUUUGCAUAAAGCAGGUGUUACCUGCAUCAUGUUAGCCAAUUCGUAUUUCCAUAUCUGUGGUACUUUUUUAUAUACAUUUUUUACAGUUUUUUUAAAAUAACGAUGUACUAUAUUUUGAUAACCUCAUAGUUUGAAGCAGUGAGUUUAUCGAAGUAUAAUUAUAUCUCACAUACAGUGCUAAUAUGAAAGAUAAAGACGUUUGUGAUAUGACGUCAUUUGGCUUGAAAAUG